AUGAUUCUCAAAAACAUUUUGAAAGGACAAGUGAAUUAUAAGAACGCUAGUUAUAUCAAUAUAGAAAAAGAUAUAAACAACAAAAUAAAUAAAAUUUUAAAUUUGAUAGUAUACGAUGUAAAUAAAAAGAAAACUACGUCAUGUUCAUAUAUCACUGAUUAUAUAAAAUAUAUGAAUAAGCAUGUUUAUAAAUUAAGGGAUGAACAAGAUUUAAUUCCAGAUUCAAAAGAUAAUUUAUAUAUUCAGUGGAAAUAUUAUAAUCAGAUUACUGUAAAUGUAUUAAAAGAAUAUGUAAAGAAAUGUCAUAGAAAUAAUAUUGAUGGUAAUUAUAAUUAUGAAAAGAAAAAAAGAACAGAGCCUUACAUUUUAACAGCUAAUGAUACAUGUGCAUUAUUUCCAUUUCAUAUGAUAGAUAAUUAUGCUAAGACAAAAGAAAAAAAAAAAAAACAUGAUGUAUAUUAUGACAUGUGUAAUAUCUUAGGAAAUAAAAACGUAUCAUGUGAAAAAAAUAUAAUAAAUUUACAAAAAUGUGAAGAGGAAAUAACCUGUGAAAUACAAAAUGAUAAGUCUAUAGAUAAUCAUAUAAUUUCUAAAAGGAAUAAUAUUGAGGAACACAUAUUUGAGAACUAUGUACAAAAAGAUAAAAAUAUAUUAAAUAAUUCUUCGUAUAUAUAUUAUAAUAUUCCUAAUUUGAAUUAUAUAAAAUAUAUGUGGUUACAUCAUUCUUUAGUUAUAUUCAAAUUAUUAAUUGAUACGAAUUUAAAAGUUGAUAUUAAGAGACAAUUUAAUAUGACAAAAAUAAUUGUUAGUCUCCUAAAGCAACUAAAUAAUAAUAAUAGUAAUAAUAAUAAUAAUAUAAAUAGUAGUAGUAAUAAUAUUAAUAGUAGUAGUAAUAAUAUUAAUAGUAGUAGUAAUAAUAUUAAUAGUAGUAGUAAUAAUAUUAAUAGUAGUAGUAAUAAUAUUAAUAGUAGUAGUAAUAAAUAUUAUUAUACUAAUAUCAUAGAUAUUGAUUUAUAUCUUUCUUAUUUUUAUUUAUUAUCAAAAAUUAAUAUGAUAGAUAAACAUAUGGUUAUCCAACUAUGUACCCUAUUUAAGAAGGAUUAUAAAAAGCUAAGUGAUUUAAAUAAGUUUUAUCUUUUAAGGUCUAUAUAUAAUUUUGAUUACUCCUCAAAACAUUUUCAACAAAUGUUGAAUUAUUUGCAAAAGUAUUUCUAUACGUUAAUAAAAAAACACUACCUAGAUAAUAACACCUAUCAUAAUUAUGACGCAUGUAUUUCCUCUAUAUAUGGAAAGAAAGAAAUAAGUUCGAACGAUAUGUGUUAUAAUAUAGGUAGGACACAAAAAGGAGAAAAAAAUGAAAUAACGAGUUUAAGGAAAUAUACAAAGGAGAUAGAUGUAAAUGAAAAUGUAAAUGCAAAUGUAAAUGUAAAUGAAAAUAUAAAUAAUAUUAAUUAUAAUAAUAGUGAUGAUGCAUAUAACAACACUGAAUUAUAUAAUACUUUUUUGCCAUCGUCAUAUAAUAUGUACAACACAGAUAUGUGUUAUAAUGUAUUAUCUAAAAAAAUAAAUAAAAAUAAUGACAAAUUAUUUUUUCAUAAUUAUUUGUUGGAAAUAUUUGAAGUUUUAUUUAAACGUAAAAAACAUAUAAGUCUUCUAGAUAAAACCAUAUUCAAAUGUGUCGUAAACCAAGAAAUAUCAAUAUAUAAUAAAAUUAAUUUAGAUCUUUUUAAAAAUAUAGUAAAAUUAUGUGAUGAAGAAUUGAUAUAUUUUCUUUUUAAUAAAAUAAUACAAGAUAUAGAAAAUUAUGAUAAUUUAGAAAUAUACCAACUUUUGACACAUUUGAAAAAAUAUGAAGAAAACAAUUCCUUGUGUUAUUUUUACAAUUUCUUUCUUAUUUUGAAGGAAAAACAAUUUGAAUAUAUGAACAUAAAGCAUGUUAUAUAUAUUUAUAUUUACAUAAAUAGAUAUUUAACUAAAGAAUUUAAGAAACAACAAAAAAAAAAAAUGAUGAAAGAUCUUAUAAGUAUAAACAUAACAGAGAAAAUAAAUGAAAUACAUAAUGUGGACAAUAUGAUAGAUAUGUUACAUAAGAAAUCUAAUUUUACAUCUCAAUAUGAGUAUAUAUAUACAUUUUUAAAUUUCAGUAUAUAUAAUAUAAAUAAUAUAAAUAAAUAUGAUAAUAAGCAAAUAAUAAAAAACAAAACUGAUGAUAAUCAUAAUGUUGAAAUUUUUAAUAAGCUCUUAAAUGAACAUAUUAAUGAAAAAGAUAAGGAUGUGAAAAAAGAUGAUUUUUUUUCAUCAGAAAAUAAAGAUAAAAUGGAUAUGAAAAUGAAAAUAAAAAAUGAGUUUAUGUGUAUAGAACUUUUAAAUGAUAUAAAUAAAAAUAUAACAAUUGUAUUAUCACAAAAAAUAAAUUAUAUAAAUAUAAAAAAUAUAAUUACCUUAUUAUAUAAUACUUGUCAAAUUAGAUAUGAAUAUCAAAUGAGUUUUGUUAUGAAUCUUUUUUUUCAUUUAUAUGAAGAAUAUUCUAUGUUAAUAAAUUUUUUACAUUUAUAUAAAAUAUUGUUUCAAAAUUUUUUGUUUUACUACUACAAUGGUAUUACUGAAUAUAUCAAGGAAAUAUAUGAUGAGAAUAAAGGAGAAUAUAUUUAUAUGGAUAAAAGAAAUAAUUAUAUGAUAUAUACAUAUGAGAAUAAAAUGAAACAUAUUUAUAAUUAUAUAAAUAGACGAUAUUAUAUAAAUGAACAUCGAUUAUAUGAUAUAAAUAAAUUUACUAUAUUAUUAAAUAUAUAUGAAAAAUAUCUUUUCAAUUUUAUUACUUAUAACAUAUAUAAAUGUUCCAAUAUACAAAAUGAAAAGAUAAAUGAAAAAAUAAAGGAAAAUGAGAUUUUAAAGAAUUCCUUUUUUAUUAUAUAUAUAUAUACUCAUUUACAAUAUAUUAUUUUUAAUAAAAAAAAAAAAUAUAAUCAUAAUAUUCCUUUGAACAAUGUAGAAUUAAUUUUUAAAUAUAGUAAGCAAAUUAUAAAAAAGAUAAAUAUAUAUUUAAAGUCUAAUUUAUGGGCACUCGGAUAUAUACAAAAUAUGAAUGACUUUAAAUGUAAUGAUGAUAAUCAUAAGAAUAUUAAUAAUUUCGAAAUGUCUAAACAUACAAAAUAUAAAUUUAACAAUGAAGUGGAAUGUAAUGUAUUAUCAAACCAUUUUUAUGAAAAGAACAAAUUUGAUAUAUUAUUAUUUGAAAAAUUAGAAGAUAAGAAAUUUGCACCUAUUAUAAAUAUUUCAACAUUUAUAAAUUCUUAUAAUAAUAAAGAAUAUAACGAAUUUACAAAUGACAUAAUACCUUAUAAUAUUAACAAUUCCAUAUUAAAUUUUGAAUAUAAUGUAGUUCCUUUAUUUUAUCAUAUCCUUCAAUAUAUAAACUAUAUAUGUACAUAUAUAUACUUUAACACUAAUACAAAUGAAAAUAUAAAUAUAAAAGAAUCAUUAAUUUUUAUUUCUUUAACUUGUUUAAAAAAUAAUUUCAAUAUAUCAAAUCAUAAUAUUUUGCUCAUGAAUAAUAUUUACACAAUACUGAAAAGUAUCCAUAUUAAUGAAAUCAACAAAAAUAUUCUUUUUAUUAUAUCUCUAGAUUAUAUAUACAAAUAUUGUAAUGUUAAGAAUAUUAUUAGGAAAUUAUUCAGAUCUUCAAAAAAUCGAAAAUUCAAUUAUAAUUUUAAUAUAAACGAUAUACAUGAAAAUACAAGGUGUAAAAUUUUGUCAAGAUAUAUUAAAUAUUUAAAAAGUGUACAUAUUUCAUAA